UCACGUGACAGCUGGCGCCUGACUCCGGGCAGCGCUGGUGGGGAUGGCGCUGCUGGAGCUCCGGCGCGAGGCGAGGGGCCGUCCUGUCGUCCUCGCCCGCGGCGCCUGCCUGAAUCCCCCUCCGCCGCAUCGUCCCGGCCCGACCGGGCGCUUCCGCUUGCCGCCGCCGCCGCUGCUGCUGCUGCUUUCGGCAGCCUUCCUCCGCUCCGGCGCAGCAGCCGCCCGGGCUCCGGAGCCGGACCAGCCCUUCCGGAUCCCCGACGGGUGGACCUCUCUGGGCCGCGUGGCCCCCGCCGAGCAGCUGAGCCUGACUUUUGCGCUUCGGCAGCGGAACGUAGAGCGGCUGAGCGAGCUGGUGCGCCGCGUCUCCUCGCCCGACUCGCCCGACUACGGGCACUUCCUCUCCCUGGCCGAAGUGCGCUCCUUCAUCUCCCCCUCUCCUCUGACGCUGGGCAGCGUGGACAAGUGGCUGGCCGCUCAUGGGGUCCGCGACUGCCAGAGGGUCAGCACCCUGGACUUCCUGCAGUGCUCGGUGCCAGCCGGCACUGCUGAGCGCCUGCUCCCGGGAGCUCAGUUCCACCGCUAUGGUAAGGAUGCUCGCAGGGUCGUAAGGUCCCCUCUGCCUUACCUGCUUCAUCAGGACCUAGUGGACCACGUGGACUUUGUGGGGGGGCUGCACCGUUUCCCAGCCGAACGGAAGGUGGUGAGCCAGGCCUGGGCUGUGGAAAAGCCACCACUGGGAGAGGACAGGCGGUCCAGUUUCCAUCUGGGUGUGACACCGUCUGUGCUCCGCCAGCGAUACAACCUGACCCACUUGGAUGUGGGCAGUUUCUCGCGCAACAGCCAGGCCUGUGCCCAGUUCCUAGAGCAGUACUUCCACCAGGCCGACCUGGCUGAAUUUAUGCAGCUCUUUGGCAGCACGUUCCCCCACCGCUCCCGGGUUGACCAAGUCAUUGGGCCCCAGGGCUCUGGCUUGGCUGGCUUGGAGGCCAGUCUGGACGUGGAGUACCUCAUGAGCACAGGUGCCAACAUUUCCACCUGGGUCUUCAGCAAUGCAGGUCGCCACGAGAGCCAGGAGCCCUUCCUACAGUGGUUGCUCCUGCUCAGCAACACCAGUGGGCUGCCGUGGGUCCACUCAGUCAGCUACGGGGACGAUGAGGACAGCCUCUCUCAGGCCUACAUGAAGCGGGUAAACACAGAGUUCAUGAAGGCUGCUGCCCGCGGCAUCAGCAUCCUCUUUGCCUCAGGUGACUCUGGGGCCGGCUGCCGGGCGAUCUCGGGGGGCAAGCAUGUCUUCCGCCCCAGCUUCCCAGCCUCCAGCCCUUACGUGACAACUGUUGGAGGCACGGCCUUCCAGCAGCCCUUCCUGGUAGGCGCUGAGGUGGCGGACUACAUCAGUGGAGGCGGGUUCAGCAACGUCUUCCCCAUGCCCGACUACCAGGUAACGGCUGUGAAGCGUUUCCUGAGCACGUCGCGUCGGCUGCCCCCCGCCAGCUACUACAACAGCACAGGCAGAGCUUAUCCGGAUUUGGCAGCCCUCUCGGACAACUACUGGGUGGUGACCAACCACCUCCCCAUGCCCUGGGUCUCGGGCACCUCUGCCUCCACUCCCGUGGUGGGGGGCAUCAUUGCCCUGAUCAAUGACCGGCGCCUCCAGAGAGGGCUGCCUGCCUUGGGGUUCCUCAACCCUGCCCUGUACCGGCUCCAGGAAGGAGGGAACAGCACUGCCCUCUAUGACGUGAUCCAUGGAUGCCAUCUGUCCUGUCUGGAUGCUGCUGUGCAAGGCCAGGGCUUCUGUGCUGCCCCUGCCUGGGACCCUGUCACAGGCUGGGGGACCCCCAACUUCCCUCUGCUGCUGCGUGGCCUCCUGGGCUAGCCUGCCACAGCGUGGGCCUUGCUGGUGGCUGGUUUUGCAAUCAGGAUGAGGGAGGGAACAGACAGGGUGGGUGGGUGGGUGUGACUGGGAGGCUUGCGACAGAGCCCCACCCUCUUUCUGAGCACAAGUGUUCCCGUUACCAGCUUCCCACUGGCGCUGCCAGGUCACUGCCGACAGUCUCUGGCCCAUCUAGAAGCCUCGGCACUGAGUAGUAUGGACGCUUCAGCAAUAUUUGGCGCAAGGGUUAGGGUCCACCAUAGAGAAAUUGUCCCAAAUCCCAGGCCAGGUGGGGCUGUGGCAGGAAUUCGGAUACCAGCCUCAGACUCUGCUUGACCACAUCAAUCCCCCCCACAGGCCCCCCGAAAGCAAGUUCCAAUGUCCAGUCAUCUGCCUGGAAUAAAAAGGACAUCCUGAAACUCUGAAGUGCCUGGAAGAGGGUGAUCGGGGGGGGGGGGGUCUCUUCUCUCCUGCUGACUCUCUUCAGGCUAAACCUUUCCACAGGCGAAGACACUCCCGCCAGCACUGACAGGGCAAGCCGCUAGUAUAUAACAUGAGAGCAACCCCCCCCCCCCUUCCUUCCAGUACUGAUGCGAUUACCUACUUUGAUCAGGAAAUGUCUGCAAGGAAACCACCAAGCUCGGAGCACCAAGCCCCUCUCAUUUCCACUCUCUAGUCUGUCUGGGUUCCCAGGCCCUUAUCUGUGAUGACCCAGGGUGGGAUACAAAAUAAACACAGUCACAAAAA